AUGUCGCCGCUCCCACAAUUUAAACAUCGAGCUGUUACUUACCCAAAAACUAAUUAUUCACGCAGUCAUCCCCUCUACGCAGAUACAUUCGAAUUUAAACAUCGAGCUGUUACUUACCCAAAAACUAAUUAUUCACGCAGUCAUCCCCUGUACGCAGAUACAUUCGAAUUUAAACAUCGAGCUGUUACUUACCCAAAAACUAAUUAUUCACGCAGUCAUCCCCUGUACGCAGAUACAUUCGAAUUUAAACAUCGAGCUGUUACUUACCCAAAAACUAAUUAUUCACGCAGUCAUCCCCUGUACGCAUAUAGUUUCGAAUUUAAACAUCGAGCUGUUGCUUACCCAAAAACUAAUUAUUCACGCAGUCAUCCCCUGUACGCAGAUACAUUCGAAUUUAAACAUCGAGCUGUUACUUACCCAAAAACUAAUUAUUCACGCAGUCAUCCCCUGUACGCAGAUACAUUCGAAUUUAAACAUCGAGCUGUUACUUACCCAAAAACUAAUUAUUCACGCAGUCAUCCCCUGUACGCAGAUACAUUCGAAUUUAAACAUCGAGCUGUUACUUACCCAAAAACUAAUUAUUCACGCAGUCAUCCCCUGUACGCAGAUACAUUCGAAUUUAAACAUCGAGCUGUUACUUACCCAAAAACUAAUUAUUCACGCAGUCAUCCCCUGUACGCAGAUACAUUCGAAUUUAAACAUCGAGCUGUUACUUACCCAAAAACUAAUUAUUCACGCAGUCAUCCCCUGUACGCAGAUACAUUCGAAUUUAAACAUCGAGCUGUUACUUACCGAAAAACUAAUUAUUCACGCAGUCAUCCCCUGUACGCAGAUACAUUCGAAUUUAAACAUCGAGCUGUUACUUACCCAAAAACUAAUUAUUCACGCAGUCAUCCCCUGUACGCAGAUACAUUCGAAUUUAAACAUCGAGCUGUUACUUACCCAAAAACUAAUUAUUCACGCAGUCAUCCCCUGUACGCAGAUACAUUCGAAUUUAAACAUCGAGCUGUUACUUACCCAAAAACUAAUUAUUCACGCAGUCAUCCCCUGUACGCAGAUACAUUCGAAUUUAAACAUCGAGCUGUUACUUACCCAAAAACUAAUUAUUCACGCAGUCAUCCCCUGUACGCAGAUACAUUCGAAUUUAAACAUCGAGCUGUUACUUACCCAAAAACUAAUUAUUCACGCAGUCAUCCCCUGUACGCAGAUACAUUGGGUGUGAAGAAUGCUAUGUGCACAGCACUAGCGAUUUUCUUCUAG